GCAGAACUAAAUAAAAAUCCAGUAGAGGGAUUCUCAGCAGGUUUAAUAGACGAUAAUGACCUAUACAGAUGGGAAGUACUAAUUAUUGGCCCUCCAGAUACCUUAUAUGAAGGAGGAGUAUUCAAGGCUCAUCUUACUUUUCCAAGAGAUUAUCCCUUGAGGCCGCCAAAAAUGAAAUUUAUUACAGAAAUUUGGCAUCCAAAUGUUGAUAAAAAUGGUGAUGUGUGCAUUUCCAUUCUUCAUGAACCUGGUGAGGAUAAGUAUGGCUACGAAAAACCAGAAGAGCGCUGGCUUCCAAUUCAUACGGUGGAAACCAUUAUGAUCAGUGUAAUUUCUAUGCUAGCAGAUCCCAAUGGAGACUCCCCAGCCAACGUUGAUGCAGCAAAAGAGUGGAGAGAAGACCGUAAUGGAGAAUUUAAAAGGAAAGUUGCACGCUGUGUAAGAAAAAGCCAAGAGACUGCUUUUGAGUGA